GACGGGUUAGACAGAUUUUUAGGGAGUGUCGGACAUAUUUACCUUUUUUUGAAACGGUCACCCUGACUACCUUAACUUUUUUACUCUUUGAGUUGUUCAUAAAAUGUCAAAACAAUAAUGAAUUUUAAAUAAAGAGAGAUGAGUGAGAGAAGUCACAGUUUACUUAGAAUUAAUUAAAAGGAACUUUGUAUAUGAGGAAGUAAUAGAUAUGUUUCUAGUGUAAUGUCUAGAAGUUACCGUUUCUGAAAUAUUUGAAUCGGACUGUGAUUACUGUCACCUCUGUUAUGUUUUAUCUUCAGAACUGAUAUUUUUACUAUACAUAAUUUGAAAUGGAAACUUCGAAAAGACAUGCGUCGCAAGCACAAGUAGCUGCUCUUAUGGAUUUUAUGCAGGAUCAUUCGGAAUUAGCAAAAGGUCAUGCUAGCUCUGGUCUCGAAAAAGAAGAUCUUGAAACACAAUGGGAAGACCUUACUAACACACUUAAUACAAUGGGCGGUGCGAUAAAAUCUGUUGAAAAGUGGAAACAGACAUGGCGUGACUUAAAAUCUAAUAACAAAAAGAGAGCACUAUUAAAACAACAACAGUCUAUGUGUGAUACUAGUAUGGGCCCGAGCUCAGAGACCCAAGAAAAUGUACAAAAUUAUAAUGAAACUUAUGUUCCACCAGCAAAGAAAAGAUUUGCUUCUUUCGAUGAAGAAAUAAUAAGAAUAGAAAGAGAUAAAUUACAACUUGACAGAGAAUAUAAAGUACAGAAGAUAGAAGUACUUUCCAGGAUUGCAUCUGCAUUAGAAGAUUUGGCAAGAAAAAAGUCCUAGUCAAGUAGUAUUUUUUGAAACUUUUAAAAAUCUCCUUUUUUAUGACAUUAUUCUUUUUACUUUUUUUACUCAGAUUUUAAUGAAAGUUUGACAUGAAAGUUUUGGAUGUAAGCUGGUAUUAUAAUCAUAUUGAGUUAGACUUUUUGUGCAU